UACACUCAUUAUGUUGUUUUUGUUGUUUAAAUAUUUUUUGUUACCCUUAUUUUUGCUCAAUUUAUUUUGCUUGCCACAAUUAUGUAUUAAUUUGGAUACAAAAUUUCCUAUACAUACAAUACAAAUUGAACCACCACAUCCAUUUCAUCGAGGACCGCCUGGCGUCAGGCCUGGAUUCAUUUCUGGUACUGUCUUUACAACUGAUGCUGAACCUCCCAGUAUAGGCCAUAGAGGUGCUCAUCGUUCUCAUUUACAACAGCAAAGUUCCUCUGGAAGUUCUUCUGGAGUUUGUUCUGAGACAGAGUUUCGAUGCGAUGAUGGACACUGUAUUAGGCUGGAAUGGAAAUGUGAUGGAUCUGGUGAUUGUCGCAACGGCGAAGAUGAAAAUAAUUGCCCCCACCCGGGAUGUAAAGCUGAACAGUGGCAAUGUGAGAGAAGCGAUUGCGUUGAUGGUUCUGAUGAAAAAGACUGCCCCGCAGCUCCAGUAAACUGCGAAGUUAACGAUGGUUCAGUUUUUCAAUGUUUUGAUGGACGCCAUGUUUUCCAAUCACUCGCAAAUGCGAUGGAAUCUAUGAUUGUCGUGAUCUUAGCUUGUUUUCCCUACCAAUUUCGAUGCGCGGAUAAAACCCAAUGCAUACAGAAAAUAUGGGUUUGUGAUGGGACACCUGAUUGUGCUGACAAAUCGGAUGAACUACCAACAUGCAAAUUUCCAGCGUGCCAGACAGGCGAUUUUAAAUGUAAAAAUAAACGUUGUGUUCCCCAAAAAUUCCGUUGUGAUUACUAUGAUGACUGCGGUGAUAAUUCAGACGAGGAGGAAUGUGGUCAUUAUAAAUGCCCUCCGGAUAUGUGGCCCUGUCCAAAUUCCGGUCAUUGCAUUCAUCUUUCAAAAUUGUGUAAUGGAGUUAAUGAUUGUGAUAGUGGCGCGGAUGAAAAAACAUGCUCUCGUAAUCUUUGCCAAACGCUCGGAUGUCAGUCCGGUUGUGCAAGUUCCCCUACCGGUGGAAUUUGUACUUGUCCACAGGGCUAUAAACUCGAUGAGCGCUUCGAACGGUCUUGCAUUGACAUUAAUGAAUGCGCCGAUUUUGGAUAUUGUGAUCAAACUUGCCAGAAUCACCGACCUAGUUUUACUUGUGGUUGCCUAGGAUCCUGCUUUAAACUUCAAAUGGUACAAAGCACAGGGGCAAAUUCGGGAUCGCCAUUCGGUGGAAGCAAUAAUUUAACACUUCGGGGAUAUUGCAUAUCCAGUGAACCUGAACAAAUGCGUCUGUUUGUCGCUCGUCGUGAGGGACUUUAUCGGUUGAAUCCAGCAAAUAAGGAAGAAUCUGCCGUUAAAAUCGCUUCAGGAGAAUUUAUUUAUGGAGUAGAUUUUGAUUACGAGAAACGGAAAAUAUUCUGGACUGAUCGGUUAGCCCACUCUCUCUACCGGGCUGAUAUCACUUCUGGGGGUGAUAUUGAACAUAUUCACAAAUUUGAGCUAAAAUCACUGAUUUACCCGAGAAAUUUAGCCGUUGAUUGGAUUACUAAUAAUGUAAAUUUUACACAAUUGAGUGGAUAUUUCUUUCAAAAUUUAAAGAUUUAUGUAAUCGAAAGUGGCUCAAGACGCAUUGAUGUGCUCAACUAUGAAGGCGAUAAACGAACUGUUUUGCUAGCAGAUGGCCUUACUCUUCCACUCGAUAUUGCUUUGGAUCCUCUUCGGGGUGAAAUGUUCUUUUCUAACCAGUUAAAAUUGGAGACUUGCCACAUGGAUGGUACAAGUCGACGUGUAAUAGUCGAAACACACACCCAUCAAGUGAGCGGUGUUGUUGUUGAUAUCGCUGCUAAACGAGUUUACUGGUGUGACCCGAAAGUCGACCGAGUUGAAUCAGUUGACUAUUCUGGUAAUGAUCGACGACAGAUUGCAUCUGGAAGAAAUUUUGCUCCCCAUCCUUUCGGAUUGGCUAUAUUCGAUCAAUACCUGUAUUGGACAGACUGGACAAGAUUGGGAAUUAUGCGUGUUGAAAAGUUUGGAGCGGCUUCUGAAGUUAUUUGGUCUAAUAAAGAUGGGAACGUUUUUCCUAUGGGGAUUGCUGCAUAUCAUCAAAUGGCACAGCCCGGUCCUUCUCACAGUGAUUGCUUCCAGCAACACAUUGAAAAUCCGUGCGAUAAGGCCGAUUGUGAGGGAAUGUGUCUUCUAGCCAAAGAUAAUGUCGGAUUUGGUGUGGGCUACCGUUGUGCUUGUCCUAUCGGCCAGAUUCGUGGCAUUUACCCCGAAAUCCUGCAAAAUACACUAGCCGAAGCUGUUUUGCCAAUUUCUCCUCAAUCUCAACGUAGAGUAGGCAUGUACUUUGCAGUUGAAUGUGAUGUUCAUAGUUCAAGCUUCUUUUAUGCUGAUAUUAUGGAUAAUACACUUUAUCGGUAG